ACCGGCCGCCGGUAGCUGAGCCCGCUGUGAGGAGCGUCGCGGAGAUGCCGGGGAAAGAGCUCCACAAGCGCAAGCAGAGCAUAAUUGGACAAUUUCCGAGAGGUUCCAAAUCAAUUAUAAGGAGACGGGAUGACGAAGGUGGCAUUGAACUGGGAGAGGGAGCAGAUGAGUGGACUCAGGCGAAAACGUUAAUCAAGCCACCGGACCAACUGGACCUGACGGAUGCUGAACUGAAAGAGGAGAUCACGCGCAUCUUGACCGCCAACAACCCUCAUGCCCCUCAGAACAUUGUCAGAUACAGUUUUAAAGAGAGAGCCUACAAGCAAAUGAGCGUGGUGGAACAGCUGGCCGUUCAUUUCACUCUGUGCGGGAACCUGAUUUUCAGAGACUCGGACGAAGGUCGUCGGCAGAGCCUAAGGCAGAGCACAAUGUCUGCUGUGGUUCCUGUUACUACAUCCUUUGUGGUGGAGGAUCUUGAGGAGGACGUGGAACUGAAAGAAGACACAAGCCAAGCGACUCUUAUGCCCGCAGCUCCAGAAGAACAAGAGGAGCAGGAGCAGGAACCGGAACAGGAACAACCUCGUCCCCGGCUAAUACAAGAACGGAAACUCACCAACCAGUUCAACUUCAGCGAGAGAGCCUCCCAGACAUACAACAACCCUAUCCGGGACAGAGCAUGCCAGAUGGAGCCCCCACCUAGAGCUACCUUCUCUGCGAAUGCUAACCAGUGGGAAAUCUACGAUGACUACGUGGAGGAACUCCAGAAACUGGAAAAGUCAAAGGAGAAAGAAAAACAAAAGGCUCCAGUUUCCAAGAAACAAGACAAGACAAGGGGGAGGAAAUUGACUUCUCUGGAAUCUCAGAGCGACGACAUCACCAAGGUGGCAAAGGCUGCCAAGAUAGUGGAGCGGAUGGUCAACCAGAACACCUUUGACGACGUUGCCCAAGAUUUUAAGUAUUUUGAAGAUACUUCCGACGAUUACAGAGACAAUUUGGGGACUCUCCUUCCGCUCUGGAAGUUUCAGUAUGACAAAGCCAAGAGACUGGCCGUCACUGCCCUCUGCUGGAACCCCAAAUACAAGGAUUUGUUUAUCGUGGGACACGGCUCUUAUGAUUUUGUAAAGCAGAGCCGGGGAAUGCUCCUUCUGUACACCCUGAAAAAUCCCUCCUUCCCGGAGUACAUCUUCAACAGUGAGAGUGGCAUCAUGUGCGCCGACGUUCAUGUGGACCACCCCUACUUGAUCGUGGUCGGGUUCUAUGAUGGAAACGUGGCCAUCUACAACCUGAAGAAGCCCGCCAGCUCCCAGCCUGGCUACAAGAGCUCAGCUAAACAUGGCAAGCACACGGACCCAGUGUGGCAGGUCAAGUGGCAGAAAGACGACAUGGACAAUAACCUGAACUUCUUCUCAGUCUCUUCGGACGGGCGCAUUGUCUCCUGGACUCUGGUUAAGAAUGAGCUGGUUCAUACAGAUGUCAUCAAACUGCUGGUAGAAGGAACGACAGUAGAAGGGCCGGAGGGGCUGCAGCUGCAGACCAUCGGCUGUGGGACUUCAUUUGACUUUCAUAAGAAGAUCGAUUAUUUGUUUCUAGUGGGUACAGAGGAAGGCAAAAUCUACAAGUGUUCGAAGUCCUACUCGAGCCAGUUCCUGGACAUCUUUGAUGCCCACCACAUGGCGGUGGAUGCGGUCAACUGGAACCCUUUCCAUAGCAAGGUCUUCAUUUCCUGCAGCUCAGACUGGACAGUGAAGAUCUGGGACCACACCAUCAAAACUCCCAUGUUCAUCUACGACCUGAACUCGGCUGUUGGUGACGUCGCCUGGGCUCCUUAUUCUUCCACAGUCUUUGCUGCUGUAACCACUGAUGGGAAGGCCCACGUGUUUGAUCUGAGCGUCAACAAGUACGAGGCCAUUUGCAUCCAGGCUGUGGUGGCCAAGAAGAAGAACAAACUCACCCACAUCCAGUUCAACCCCAUCUACCCCAUCGUCAUCAUCGGAGAUGAACGUGGCCACGUGAUCUGUCUGAAGCUUUCGCCGAACCUCCGCAAGAUGCCCAAGGAGAAGAAAGGCCAGGAGGUGCAGAAAGGCCCAGAGGUGGAGAUUGCCAAGCUGGACAAACUGCUGAACCUGGUGAGAGAGCCUGCGGCCAAAACCAGCAAGUGAGCCCAGCCGCCCUUCCCUCCCUGCAGCCACGUGACCAGGACUCCGGGAACAAGAGCCCCUUUGUAAGGGCAGGCGCUUUGGGCGGUCGGUCAGCUGUGCUGAGGCCCAGGGAUUCCACAGCACCAAAAAGAUGUUUGGGUUUUUUGCAUCCAGAAAAAUAAAAAGCAGAGAGUUUACA